AUGGCCAAGCGACGGCUGAACCCGGACGAGAUUCGAGCAGCCGUGGAGGCGGGACCGCCCCCCCACUCAGUCAACUACGAGACCGACAAAAAAUGGCAUGCCGAGCAGAAUCGCUGGCUCGCCAAAUGGACCGAACGCCGGCUCCCCCCCGACAGCGGCGACAGCGGGAGCAGCCGGCGGGACCAGUGGCGCGAUCGAAAGCAGCAGCAUGCACGGCUGCUGCGGGCGGCGGAGAAGGAGCCAUCUGCCUCCCUGAAGCGCCAGCGCAAGGCCGCAGCGACACCUGCCGUGACACAUAGCGGCCGUGUGCACGCUGGCCCGCCACGGCUCAAGAGGCCAAAGCCGCCGCCGGAAGGUGGCGACCAGCAGGCGUACGAGCUCGCCAUGGGCAUGUAUGGUAUUGCUCGCGACACCAGGCGCAAGAUGUCGAGGCGGACCAAGAGCGAAGACGCCGAGCGCAAGAGGGAUGCGCGAGCGAUCACGGCGAUGAUGGCAAGGCCGCAGGCAGUCAUGGCCGCCAAGGAGCGAAUGGAGAGGGAGCGCGAGCGGUCGCAGCGGCGGCGUGACGUGGCCAAGCUCACGGUGACAAGCUAUUAUGAGGAACGCAUGCGGAUUCGGCGGCUCGAUGAGCAGGUGGCGCUGCUCAAGGCCGCUGAUGAGGCGCUGCGAGAUUCUGACUAUUGGCGGACCACUGGCUUCUUUAGCAGCGUGCGAGGGGAUAACUACUAUGACCAUUGGCUGUGCCUCGCAAUCAAGGAGUGGGCCGCUUCGCAUGAGCCAGAUGGCUCCCAGCAGUGGGAAAGCGCACUGAUGGCGCGAUACGGCUUUAUCCGCACAAGCUACGACAACUUUGAGGUCGCCGGCUUUGGCCAGGCGCUCUCAUCAGCAAGUCACCCAGGCACCAACUCCUGGGCGUUUACGCUUGACUACGAAACCAUGCAGUGGAUGCAGCUCGAUCAAAACGGCGACGCCAACAGCUGGUCCCUGGGCGAGUUCCUCGCCCAGGAUGAGUCGACUGCGAUCUCGGACUCCGACAACUGGACCGGUGCACCAGCCGCGGAGGACGAUGGCUCCCUCGACGACAUCCCUUCAUCGACGGACGCCUUCACCGCCGCCGGCCCUGGGCCAUCCAGCGCGGCCUCCGACGGCCUGCACGUGAUCGAGCGGGUACAGAAACGGCACGGAGCCAACGGAGCCAUCGCGCAUGCCCGCAUCGCGUGCGGCUCCGAGGUCUCCCGCCGAGACCGGCUCGGCGCGGCGCGUGGCCGCACGCCGCCGUUGAAAAGGCGAGAUAGGACCGAGGGGAGAGCGCCGGCCACAUCGAGCGAGCGCUGA